AUGGAUGAACUAUCUUUGAGCGAUCCUAACAACCCAAUAUGGUCGAAACUGGAUCAGAUCCUUGCAAUGGACAAUUCAACCACAUCCUUCACCGUUGAUGAGCAAGAUGAUGGCGACAGCAGAGCCCCUGAUCCAAGCCUUGAAAUGGGGAAGAACCCAUCUGCAAGUCUUGAUAUGACCUGUCUCGGAGGCGUUCCAACCUCUUCUGCUGUCGCUCAGGAACAGCAACAACCACCUGUUACGUCUGAAGAUUCAGCUUAUAAUGAUUCAACGGCACCGGGGCCCUCCGAAGUUCAGCUUCGCAACGAUCAAGCAAAUACUGGUUCUUACAAUCCUCCUCUGAUCUGGGUGACUAGCGGUACUUUUAGAAUGACUCUUAGCUUCUCAGCCGAAACACAACCGGAGCAGCGCGGUAGCCCCUUGUCUAUGAAUCCAAGUAGCAGUGUACCUCCUCUGGUGGGUAGUGCAUCCUUUAAAGACAAAAAAGUGUUUGGCACUGAUCUGCUACAUUGGAUCGAAAAUACUAACAAGGAUGAGGCAGGAAGGCUUGAAAAACUCUUCAAUCGAAUGGACAUAUCCGGAAAACAUUUGCUCAGUACGCAUGUGGACGCUGGCGGUUCUCGACUCGAAUUCCUCCAAUUCAUCGAGAAGACUUUGGAAGGCCAGGAUGUUACACCUUUACUCUGGGGCGGAUUUCGGACCCCUAUAUCGUGUGUGCUCUGCAUCGGCCAUCCAAAAUUCAUUAUUGAUCGCCCGUGCCCAAAGGCAGCGAUUGUGGUUCGGACAAAGGGUUUGCUAACAGAAAGGUGUUUCACCUGCACUGAACGGAACAGGAACGCAGAGAACCAUCUCAAACGGAAGGCUCGCAAAGCUGAGAAAAAGAACUCUAGCGAAUCAACCGCAUGUCAAGAGGAACUUUGUAUUUCGUAUGCAUCCCACAAUGUCGACAACAUCAAGCAGGGAAAGCGAGUUACCAUGAGGUCAAGCUUAUAUAUUCGACACUGGAUUGCAACUUCAAGAUUGGGGGCGCUCUUGACUGUAUUAUCAUCAAAAUGCAACAUCCAUUCGAUCGGAACUUGCUGGAGUCAUUGGUCUCGCCACGUUCCUCGCGUCCAAUGGGGCUUGCUAAGGGACAAUAUCGGUUGGGCAAUUGGGCACAUGCAUGACAUGGCAUCACCUAACGGCAUGGCUAAAAAGGAGAGUUAUAAGAUUGUUUUGAUCUUCGACAAGAUGGAUAGAUACACUCACUCCGAACCCUCCUCGCUGAGUUACCAUGAUACCGUCUACAGCAAUGGUUCUCUCAGCCGCAGCGAUAAGUCGAGGGGCGACAUCAUUGCCACCAGCCCGGCAGACUAUGUUUAUGACCGGACAGUAGCCGAUAACGCGCUGGAAGAUCUGGAGUUGGACGCCACAUCUAUGCAACAACCAAGACAACCACAGAAUCCUCCAGUCAUCGAGUCAGUCGCGCCUGCAAUAAUGAAGGGGAGGUGUAACUUCUGCGCUAAAAAGUGGAACGAGUACAACAAGAACCAGAGACGAAGCAAGGAGAAGGCGAAAAGAUGA